AAGAACACAACCCCCCGGGCUCGGGGAUAUCAACGUUUAACCCGCAACUGGCCCGCGGAUCAGCAGCAGCGAACAAGCGAACAAGAACACGGCUCCAGAAAAGACAUCUAAAUGGAAUUAGCACGAAAAAGAUACAAAUCAAGCCGGGGUCCGGUGCUAAGGUCAAGCGAACGUCGCCGUCCACAGAGCAUAUCGUCGUCCACCGCCUCCGCACUGUUGCCGCGCGUCGUGCUGAACCGGAUCGAUCCGCGGAGUGGAGGAGGGGAGUGCGGCGGGGAGCAGCGUAUCCGCGUGUCGUACAAGGUCGCCAUCCGCAGCACCAGGAGCAGUCGCACCACCACCACCGGCAGCGGCCACAGUGGCAUGAAUAUGGGCCAAAAGAUCAGUGGCAGCGUUAAGACGGUCAGCCGCGACCAGCCGUCGCCGUUCAUCCCGAAGAUCCCGCGCGAGCUGGCGGCCCACUUCCAGCGGCCGGCGCGCCUGGACGUGCUGCUCGACAUGCCGCCGGCGCCGCGGGAAACGCAGCUCAAGUACUCGUGGAACGCGGACGACCGCUCGCUGAACGUGUUCGUGAAGGAGGACGACAAGAUGACCUUCCACCGGCACCCGGUGGCACAGAGCACAGACUGCAUACGGGGCAAGGUGGGCUUCACCAAGGGCCUGCACGUGUGGGAGGUGUUCUGGUCGACGCGGCAGCGCGGCACGCACGCGGUGAUCGGCGUCGCGACGGCCGAGGCGCCCCUGCACUCGGUCGGCUACCACAGCCUGGUCGGCAUGAACGAGCACAGCUGGGGCUGGGACCUCGGGCGCAACAAGCUCUGCCACAACACGCACAACAAGUCCUGCCCGGGCGUCAUCUACCCCGCGAUCCUGAAGCCGGAGGAGACGUUCCUCGUGCCGGACAAGUUCCUGGUCGCGCUCGACAUGGACGAGGGCACGCUCAGCUUUAUCGUCGACGGCCAGUACCUGGGCGUCGCGUUCAAGGGGCUGAAGGGCCGCAAGCUCUACCCGAUCGUGUCCGCCGUCUGGGGGCACUGCGAAAUCACGAUGAAGUACAUCGGCGGUCUGGAUCCCGAACCACUGCCACUGAUGGAUCUCUGUAGGCGCGUCAUUCGUCAGCGGAUCGGACGAACGUAUCUAGAGGAACGCAUACCAAACCUAGCCCUGCCGCAAUCGAUGAAAACCUAUCUCCUGUACCGGGAUCGAAGAUAA